AUGAUAUCACAACGACUCGGUCUACAACGCCUACGGGCCAGACCAACCCGUAACCUCCCCCUCCGAUACAACUAUUCUCCCCUGCGAGCCCUCACCUCCACGGCGCAACGCUUCCAAGAUGUCUUCCACGCCCAGGCCUCCGACCCGCACACCUCCGCCAUUCUCUCCUCCCUCAAAUCCGCCUCUCCAAAAACACCACAAACCCUGACCGAGAAAAUCGUGCAGCGGUACUCGCUCGGGCUGCCAAAAGACAAAUUCGUCAAGGCAGGAGACUAUGUCACACUAUCUCCCCAUCACUGCAUGACCCAUGAUAAUUCCUGGCCCGUGGCCUUAAAAUUCAUGUCAAUUGGGGCAUCUAAGAUCCAUGACCCGACUCAGAUCGUCAUGACGCUGGACCACGAUGUGCAGAAUAAGAGCGAGACGAACCUGAAGAAGUAUAGGCAGAUUGAGGAGUUCGCGGCCAGGCAAGGCGUCGAUUUCUAUCCGGCUGGGAGGGGUAUUGGACAUCAGAUCAUGGUGGAAGAGGGAUACGCGUGGCCGGGGACAAUGACGGUUGCGAGUGACAGUCACAGUAAUAUGUAUGGUGGUGUUGGAUGUCUCGGUACAGCGAUGGUCAGAACGGAUGCCGCGAGUAUAUGGGCUACGGGGAAGACGUGGUGGCAAAUUCCACCUGUUGCAAAAAUCACGUUCACCGGUGUGAUGCCCAAGGGCGUUACGGGGAAGGAUGUCAUCGUUGCGCUGUGCGGCUUGUUUAACAAUGAUGAGGUGCUCAAUCAUGCGAUUGAGUUUACGGGGUCGGAGCAGACGAUGAAGAGUCUGCCUGUAGAUGAUAGGCUGGCUAUUGCGAACAUGACUACGGAGUGGGGAGCGCUGACGGGGUUGUUCCCGAUUGAUGGCAUGUUGCAGGCUUGGAUGAGGGCCAAGGCUACAACAUCUGCGCUCUUUGAUGAGCCGAAAGAUGGAGCAAGGUUUACGCAUCAGAGGAUUGAUGAUUUGAUUGAGAAUCAGCUGAGUGCCGAUAAAGGGGCUACGUAUGCCAAAUCAUUGUAUCUCAACCUCUCGACACUCUCGCCAUAUGUUUCGGGUCCCAACUCCGUCAAGGUUGCUACUCCUUUGCGAGAUCUGGAAGCUAAAAAUAUCACAUUGAACAAAGCCUACCUGGUAUCGUGUACAAACUCCAGAGCUUCGGAUCUUGCAGCAGCCGCCAAGGUUUUCAAAGACGCGUCGAAAGAUGGCGAACCAGCGAAGAUUGCGCCCGGCGUAGAAUUUUACAUUGCAGCAGCAUCAAUACCCGAGCAAACAGCCGCCGAAGAUGCAGGAGACUGGCAAGCACUUCUUGCCGCAGGGGCGAAACCACUACCAGCUGGCUGUGGUCCAUGCAUCGGUCUUGGAACAGGAUUACUCGAGCCAGGAGAGGUAGGAAUCAGUGCCAGCAACCGCAAUUUCAAAGGUCGCAUGGGCUCACCAGAUGCCAAAGCUUAUCUCGCGAGCCCCGAAGUUGUCGCCGCCAGCGCACUGAGCGGUAAGAUCAGCGGGCCUGGGUGGUACGAAAAGCCUGUUGGUGUUGAGAAGGUUGUGUUGGGGGAAGGAAAUGGGGUGCCUGAGGAGGACCGCGCGAUGAGUGUUGGCGAUGCGUUGGAUAAGUUGAUUGCGGACGCCGACUCGAUUAUCCAGAACGCGGAGUCGUCCAUCUUGGGUUCCGAAUCUACUUCUGCUGAGACUUCAACUAGUGAUGCAGAUGAACACUUAACUGAUAUCCUCCCCGGAUUCCCCGAGAAGGUCGAGGGAGAGAUCGUUUUCUGUGACGCGGAUAACAUUAACACCGACGGCAUAUACCCCGGGAAAUACACCUACCAAGAUAAUAUUUCCGUCGAGAAAAUGGCCGAAGUCUGCAUGGAGAACUACGAUAAAGCAUUUGGAUCUAUUGCCAGAGAGGGUGAUAUCCUCGUCGCAGGCUUCAAUUUCGGCUGUGGGAGCAGCAGAGAACAGGCCGCGACCGCGAUUCUAGCGAAGAAAAUCCCCCUUGUGGUAUCCGGCAGCUUCGGCAACAUAUUCAGCAGGAACAGCAUCAAUAACGCACUUAUGGGCGUCGAAGUGCCGCGUCUAGUUCAGAGACUCCGAGAAACAUUUUCAUCAAAGGAGACGGAGGUGAAGACGGAUGUGAAAGAACCCCAGCUCAACAAGGAUAGUCUAGAUAGUCCCCCUCCUGCAGCGCAAGCAAGUCCCACAGUGGUGGAGGAGAAGAUCUUGACGCGGCGGACAGGUUGGAAGUUCGUAUGGGAUGUGAGGAGAAGUAAGGUUGUCGUUACGGAGGGAGAGGGUGGGGCGAGCUGGAGUCAGAAGGUCGGUGAGUUGCCGCCAAACGUACAGGAGAUUAUUGCAAGAGGUGGGCUGGAGAAGUGGGUAAAAGGGGAGAUUUCUAUAUAG